UACAUAGUUUUUUCCAUUUAGUAACUCGUCAUUUUUAUAGCACAAAAUUCGAACACAAAAACCCCCCGAAUACAUUCGAAAUUAUUGUGUUUACAUCGCGGUUUAGCGCGCCAUUUAUAGCGCUAUAACCCCGAAAACAGGACUAAACAUCAAAGUCAAAAAUCAAAAAAAAAAAAUUUUAACACGAAUAGCGGGAUUGGAAGUUCUUGGUUAUCAAAAGGAAAACAUUUGUGUCCCGUUUGUUAAGACCCUGGACUGUUAAUGGGUGGCGCAAAUGUUUACCAAAAUUCUAAUUGAUAAAAUGGACAAGAAGGAGACGCAUCAUCAUCAUGUUCAGCAGACGCCAACUAAAUCUCUUUAUGCCAUUAGGAUGGGGGUCCAGGAAAAACCGUCGAUUAAUAUGAGCGGUGCUAUUCCGAUCACAGAGUCGGCAAGGAAGAGUUCCUCAACCAACUAUCACAGAAAUCACCAUUCGAACAAGCAACUAAAUCCAGGGGAUCGUGAGCUUGCAUUUAUGAAUCGGUAUUGUAAUGACAGGCAAACCGUAAUGGCCUCUGGUACUCAGCCCUCCCUUCCAGGGCUUCAUUAUCAGCAACAGCAACAGCAAGUCCUGACCCAACAGGUGCCCAAAACCACUGUAGAUCUCUCGGAAAAACUGGCCAAAAUCAAUCGUCGCAACGCCAUCAAAGAAUUGUCUGCCAUGCAGACAAAAAAUAUGCAAUCCGUCGACAAAAACGAAGAGGCCUUGAAGGAACUGCAGGAGAGCAUUCCGGAGAUAAGCAAAAUCUUCGAUGUGCAUUGUCGCAUUGGUAGUGGAACCUUCAGUUCGGUUCUUUUGGGAACCCUGCAGCGAGAACGAUGCUACGUCGAAACCCAGAGGCGACGAUUCGCCAUCAAACAUCAUAAUCCCACAAAUCACCCGGAGAGAAUUCUCAGGGAAUUGGAGUGCAUGUUUCGCAUUGGCGGAGUGGACAAUGUCAUCGGCAUUAAUUGUUGCAUAAGGUACAAUGAUAAUGUGGCCUUUGUGAUGCCCUAUAUGACGCACGAUCGAUUUCAUGACAUUUACAGGAGCCUGAGUCUCCAAGAGAUUCGGGAUUAUUUGAGGAACUUGCUCAUCGCCCUUCGACAUGUGCACAAGUUCAAUGUAAUUCACCGGGAUGUAAAGCCGAGUAAUAUUCUAUAUAAUCGUCGAACAGGAAAAUUUUUACUCUGCGAUUUCGGUUUGGCCCAAAGGAUCGCCGCUGAUGGUAGUGUUCUUCAGAGUAAUGAACUCAGUUCCCCGGAAGCCUUUAGUUUUCUAAGGGACAUGGAAAAAGGUAGGAAGCUAAUGCUGCCAGAUGGUAAUUCUGCCCAGGCCGAAGCCGAGGAGUAUAUGGCCAGUCGCAGGAUGCGGGCUUUGGGUGGCGGCGGCGGAGUGGAACAUGCCCUGGCAGGACCUCCAAAUAUCCAUCGAUUUAGGGAGCAAGCUGGUGGGCAUUUGACCAAAAAGGAUGUGGCCAAUCAAAAGGCUGACACCGUGAGGUUGCUCAAUCGCCUGAGACUCGUCGGGCCCAAUGUGGAUCCCAAUAACUAUGUGAUUUCCACGAACACCGCGAAAAAGGAAAUGCACGCCUCUCGGGCCGGAACUCCAGGAUAUAGACCGCCAGAGGUCCUGCUCCGAUAUCCCCAUCAAUCCACGGCGGUGGAUGUGUGGGCCGCUGGUGUUAUAAUGCUCUCGUUGCUCUCGGCCUUACACCCAUUUUUCAAGGCCCCUCACGAUUGCGCUGCUUUGGCGGAAAUAAUCAAUUUGUUUGGCGAUAUACCAGUGCGAAAGACGGCCUUCAUGUUGGAUCGACUAGUGUUGCUUGCCCAAAAAGUAAACACCUUGGAUUUGCGGAGAGUGUGCAUGAGGUUUCGUCAUGCUGACUUUUUCCUGGCCCCCGAAAUACACCGAAAAUAUCGAAGGCCCGAUGGCACCACCGAGAUGUGCCGCAGUUGCGAGCAGCCCACGUUUAAUUGCCUGUGCCACAACAGUGGCCAUCACUUGGAAAUGUACGAUGGGCUGGAUGUAUUUCCCGCCAACGCCUAUGAUCUGUUGACCCGUCUGCUGGAGGUGAAUCCCCAGAAGCGCAUCACCGCCGAGGAGGCCUUGAAGCAUCCUUUCUUCAGCGAUCAACAUCGGAUCACGGCGGGAAUGCCUCUGCAUCAUCAGCAGCAUAUAUUGCAGCAUCAGCAGCAGUUGAGGGCCAGGGAAACCCUUCCAUCGGCGGCUGCCCGAACCCUAAAGGCUUUCGUACCCUAUCACAUGGAACUGGCUUCCACAGCUUCACAGGCAGCGGGCAAUAUAUGAUUCCAGGACCCCCGAUAUUUGUUGCGUUUUGAUUUGAAGCCUGGCCGCCAGAAGAGAAGGAAACCUUCCCCUCAACCAGUUUUGUGGGCAACAAAAAUUUUAUUGUGCACAAAACGAAAUUUAAAUAGGAAAUAUAAAGUAUAUUUAUGUU